UACACUAAGUCUUGCAAACGGGUAACAAAACUUUGUCAACUCGGGGUAACCAAAACCGAUUUGGAUCCAUAUCGAACCGUACUUUUUUCAAUUAUCACAUCUAAACAAUACCAUUGUCGACACAAUGCCACCAACCGCUCACUCCCCCAAGCGGUCUUCGAAGGACGCCGGCAGGGAGAACCGCCAUCGCAACUCGAGUCCCAUGUCCCGCAUCGGGCAACACUCUCCAAGAAUAUCAAACAAGGCAAUCUCCCUUGGGUCACUGGCGGCUAACAGGAAACGGAGGGCUUCCUCGUCCGUCUCCAGUGUGUCAUCGGUCUCUUCUGUAGAUCUCAGCGAUGAUGUAAACGAGUCAGAUGCUGAUGACGAAGAGGACCCACCUGCUCUACGUGGCCCGUCUUAUGGCCGUCGUGACAAGACUCAUAAGGCGGGAAUGAAAUCUACUAAAAGAACAAAGAAGAUGAGGCUAUCGGAUGAUGACGGCUACGAUGGCCAAAAGAGCAGUGGUGAUAACGACUCAGAAGAUAGCUCCGAUGAUGUUUACGCUGCAGUCGACUACAUUAGCGAUGGGGACGAUGAUGAAGAUCAAGAUGUAGAGAAGUUGGAAGAACUGUUGAUCGUGGAGUCAGAGGAUGAGAACGAUUUCAAUGGCAUAUUGACAGCCUCUACCGUCAGCGUCGCCAAUUCCCAUGAUUGGGCGGGCCCCAAUGUGUUUGAUGACCACAUGCUGCUUUCAGCUGCCUCGUUUUUCGACGAAGAGCAGCUCUACAGCGCCAUGGAAGCCUUUGGGGAAACCGACUUGGCAAGUGAAACAGCCGUAGAGACGCCGGUUCCUCGUCGGGUGCAUUUUGAGGAAGACUCAGAUUCAUCUUCCGAUAGCGAUUCCCAUACAGAGGAUGAAAUUCCGAGUGACUUCCUCCAGCAGGACAGUCUUGAUCCCCAGCUGCGUCGCAUGAUUGAGAAUGACAACGAGACCUACAGCAACCGCCGUCGGCAGUCCGACGAACUGUUUGCGGAGUCCGACUAUGGUCAUUCGAACAUUUAUCACGUUGAGUCGGAUGCUGUCUCCGAGGAAUCGGAGUCGAGCGGAUACGAGACCGAUGAUGGCGAGACUACAGAUGAAGACCUUCCCCCACCAGCAACAAUUACCCAUCCUCGCUCUAUCCUGCGCCGCGAUUCCUCGGCUUCUCUCCAAGCUACCACUGCUGAAGAGACGAAUGAUCCCACUUCCCGCCGGCGAGGGCCCAUAAUGGGAACCUUCGUUGCGGAUCCUCACAAGCCUGUUGCACUCGUGGACUGCACGGGCAAGCAUCUGGUGAUCAUUCCUGCAUAUGCCUCCUCCCGUCAUGAUUGGCUUGAGUCUGCCACAAAUAGCAUCUGUGGCACGGCUAAUAAUAGUCCGCGGGCAACUACAAUGCACCUCGUUGAUGAGAGUGACACAGAUGCACUCGCAUCACCGAAUCACGUUGACCUCAGUCCAAUGUUGGCCUCUAGCGCCAACCUCAUGAUGACGGCCCUUGGGAAUGAGGUUACCACCGGUGGUCAAGUCAUGGGUCCUCCUGAGGCCUUCUAUCCGUCUCGUGACUUUGCCAUUGAUAGUUCAUUUGAGGAUGAUGAAGAGGAUGAUCCAGAGGCUGCUUUGAACGUCGAUGAUUUUAUUGACUUUGGUAACGGCUCCUCUGAUGAUGAGAUGGACAAGGAAUUCGACGAUGAUGCACUUGCCUCGCCGAUGGCUGCACCCAUCAUCCCUGCUGCUGCCGGCACACCAACCCCUAAUCGCAGUGGGGAUUCACAAACAAACAGUGCGGAGCGCUUCUUGAACCACCUGGAUCGUGGUAUUGUGACGGCUUUCCGUCGUAAUCACAAUCGGUACCAGGCACUGCUACGCCUCCCACAACACCGGGAGUUUAUGCCGGCAAACUCACCAUCUCGACCAGCCAGUGUCUUUAGACACGCAAAACAUACGGAUCAACGCACGCCUACGCGGAAACGCAAAGCGAGCGGUUACAAUGGCGGCGAGGCAGUCCGACGGAAGCUGAUGGAUGCCCACCGUCGUAGUCAACUUCCUUUUUAGGAAUUUAACAGCAGACAUCUUAAUGUAAAGACGUGUCUCUCUUACUCUUGCGAUACCCAUCCCUGUUAUGACCACUUAUGUCUCGGAUUUACUGGCACGUUGCCACGGCAGAGCUCUCAUUUUCUUCUUUUAUUCCCAAACCUUACUGAGUAUGUGUUAGCGGCAUAGACCUCCCCGUCAGGGGCCAUGACUUCAGCUCGGUUUCAGCUGAUAAAAGGUUCGACGGCUGGUUGUUUGGUUUUUUUUUUUUUUUUUUCUUUGGAUGGAGCGGGCGUCUAGACCAAGGAUUGAUUGAUUAGGACCGGUCUGUGUGUAUGGGAGGCUUUCUGCGAGGAAAUUCAUUUCGGUCGAGGAGAAGCUGGUGAUGGAGUCUGAAAAACC